AUGGCCACCAGCCCAUUCCUCUCAACUUGGGCCGCGCAGUCACCACUAGUACUCUCAGUCCAGCAUUCCGCGUUCAAUCCACCUCUCCUUUCAUUCGGACUUGCCAAGGAGAACGAAUUCUGGGCUAACGCGCUCAGCUACCCUGCCGUUCUUUCCGUCGCGUCUCUGGGUGUUCUCGUCCUCCAGCUCGUCUCGCGCACAUCCCUCGCCCGCAGGGUCCUAGGGCGUUAUGCCAGCGGAGAGGAGGACCCGUAUGUGGAAGGACUGUCGGUAGUGGCCGGGGUCGGUGGGCCAGUCAUUUUCGCUUUCAAGCUCGCGCGUUUCAUCGCCACCUUCGCCCUCCUCGGCCUCUCAAUCGCUGGCCUCGCCACUCGCAAGUUGGAGCUUGAGUCGGAAACGUUUUUUGACGCGUAUUGGGUCGGAAUAGGGCUUACUGGGACCUACGCUUACGCGUCGCUGCUCGCAUUCGUGACUCUUCUCUCGCGACCGAGCCUCAACAAGGCGAUCACUGCGCACCUUGUGUUUGUGCUCGGCGUCGUCUGGUUCGUGUAUGCGUACCGCGACCUCUGGCCUCUAGCAACCUUCACUCUCGCCCCGGCCGAUGCUUUGGAGGGUGCACUGUUGUGGGCGAAAGUGGGAGUGUUGUCGUUUGCUGCGGUCUUUGUACCUCUUUUCAUUCCGCACCAAUACGUUCCCGUCGACCCUAAGAAUCCAGCGAAGGAGGUCAACAAGGAGCAGACUGCAUCUUAUGUGUCGACAGUGCUGUAUACGUUCCUGGACAGUUUGAUCUGGAAGGCCCACAAAGUUCCUCAUCUCCCGUAUGAAGAGCUACCGCCACAGGCGGACUAUGAUCGCACCGAGUACUUGAUCAAGAGGGCGUUCCCGGAACUCGACCCGUUCCAAGUCAAGAAGAAACGUCAUCUGUUCUUCGGAUUCAUGAAAGUAUUCAGGACGGAGUACAUCCUCCUGGUGAUUCUGCUCCUCAUAGAGAUCGCUGCGACGUUUGCCAGCCCCAUCGGCAUCUACCAACUUCUCCACUACCUCGAGACCGAGGGAGUCGGCGCCGUCGUUCGCCCCUGGGUCUGGAUCCUUUGGCUGUUCCUUGGCCCGACCAUCAGUUCGUUCUCGUUCCAGCUGUACAUUUUCAUCCAAACCCGCAGCCUGGUUCGCACCGAGGCGAUUAUCACCGAGCUCGUCUUCGAUCACGCCCUGCGCAUCCGGAUGAAGGCGGACACUACCGGCGACUCCCCCACACCGAGCCGCGCCAAUACCGCCUCGCAAACUCCGGAGACAGCAUCACUGGCUGAAGAGGGUGAAGGCGCGGAGGAAGGAGACGAGCGCACAGUGCGCGCGAGCACUGUCAGCGAAGGGUCGACCGUUGUAGCGCAGGAGGACGGGAAGAAGAAAGAAGCGGAGAAGGUCGUAGAAGCGAAGUCUGCGGACGCCGGCAACCUCGUAGGGAAGAUCAACAACCUGGUCACCACGGAUGCUACCAACAUCGUUAACGGCCGUGAUUUUCUGUUCCUGGUAAUCUAUGCUCCUGUUCAGAUUAUCUCGUGCAUCACGUUUUUGUACAUCCUCCUUGGGUGGAGCGCGCUCGUCGGACUUGGCUCCAUCAUUAUCCUGUUUCCGCUCCCCGGGUAUCUUGCGUCGAAACUCCAGAAGGUCUCGCAGGAGAAGAUGAAGAGGACCGAUGCACGUGUGCAGAAUGUCACCGAAACGAUGAAUGUUCUGCGUAUGGUCAAGCUGUUCGGUUGGGAGCCACGCGUGGCCGACCGACUUGCCGACAAGCGAGAGGACGAACUGACCUGGAUUCGUCACUUCAAGAUUCUUGAGUUACUGAACAAGAACGUCAACUUCAUCAUCCCCGUGAUCACUAUGAUGCUCACAUACACCACUUACACUGUCGUGAUGGGAGAGAUUCUGACCGCGUCUCGUGUAUUCUCUUCCAUGGCUGUGUUCGACGCUUUGCGGGGGCAGUUGGAUAUGGUCUUCAUGUUCGUACCGAGGAUCAUUCAAGCCAGGGUCUCGCUGGACCGUGUCUACAGGUUCCUUUAUGAUACUGAGCUGCUUGACCGCUUCGCCACCAAAGAUGCUACAUCUGCAGAGGCCGUCGUCCCCCCGCAAACUGUGAUCGAGAGCGACAAGAUCGGGAUCCGCAACGCGACGUUCACCUGGUCUAGCGACAGCGACAGCACCGUCACACCCGGCGUGGGCCGGCGCAACUUCGUGCUCAGGAUCGAUGAAGACGUCGCGUUCCGCAGGGGAGCGACAAACCUCGUUGUAGGCCCGACCGGCUCUGGGAAGACUUCGCUGCUCAUGGCGAUGCUUGGCGAGUUGCACUACAUCCCUUCUGGACCGGAUUCGUACGUGAGUCUGCCGAGGGCGGGAGGUGUUGCGUUUGCGGCGCAGGAGUCGUGGGUCCUCAAUGAGACAUUCAAGGAGAACAUCUUGUUCGGAUCACCAUUCGACGAGGAACGCUAUAACAAAGGCGAGUUUUUGCGCGACCUCUCGUUGUUCGACGCCGGUGACAUGACGGAGGUCGGAGAGAAAGGGCUGACGCUCUCCGGUGGGCAGAAGGCGCGCAUCACGCUCGCUCGGGCGGUUUACUCGAAAGCGGACAUCCUGCUCCUCGACGACAUUCUCGCGGCACUCGAUGUACACACGGCCCGAUGGAUCGUCGACAAAUGCUUCAAGGGCGAUUUGCUCAAGGGUCGAACCAUCAUCCUUGUGACGCACAAUGUGGCGCUGGCGAGUCCCAUCGCGGACUACGUCGUGUCUCUCGGCACGGAUGGGCGCGUUUCCAGCCAAGGCACUCUUUCAAAGGUCCUCACGGGGGAUGCUGAGUUGUCGAAGGAGCUUGCUCAGGAGGAAGCGGAGCUGAAGAAGACUCAAGAGGCCGUUGACGAUGCCGAAUUUGAGGCCGUCACGACCAAGAGUGAUGGGAAGCUCAUCGUCGCGGAGGAAAUCGCCGAAGGUCACGUCAGCUGGUCUGCAGUGCGGCUGUACCUGAGUAGCAUGGGCGGCAGACACGCGGUCUUAUUUUGGUUCACGACCCUGAUCAUGCUCGCGCUGGUCGAAACUGCACAAGUACUCCAAACAUACUGGCUUGGCUAUUGGGCGGCGCAGUACGAAGAGCAUGACCCAAGCGAGGUCAGUGUGGCAUACUACCUCGGUGUCUACAACCUCCUACUAGCCGUGGCGAUCAUAUCCAUCGUGGUCAGUUACACCGUGUAUAUGUUCGGUGUCCUCCGCGCGUCGCGUGUUUUGCACAAGGAACUUGUCCAGUCCAUCUUUAGAGCGACGUUGAGAUGGCUCGACAAGACGCCCAUGUCUCGCAUCCUCACUCGCAGCACUCAAGACAUCUCUGCCAUCGACGGCACCUUCCCCAGCGAGUUGAUCUCGGUUCUGGAGAUCACCUCAUCGAUGCUCGCCAAGUUCAUUGCCGUCAUCUACUUCUCCCCCAUCUUCACCAUCCCUGGUAUUGUCGUCUCCGCUCUUGGAGGUUGGUGCGGUCAGCUUUAUAUCAAGGCACAGCUCUCGAUAAAGCGAGAGAUGAGCAACGCCCGUGCACCCGUCCUCGGCAACUUUGGGUCAGCGAUCUCCGGCCUCACCUCAAUCCGUGCGUACGGCGCUGAAGAGCAAUUCCGCUUGGAGCUCCACCGGCGCGUGAACAAAUACGUGCGCACCGCUCGCGCCUUCUACAAUCUCAACCGUUGGGUGUCGAUCCGCAUCGACGCGCUGGGCGCGGCAUUCGCCGCGGGUCUGGCGGCUUACCUGGUUUACGGAAGGACCACACACGCGGGCAACAUCGGCUUCUCCCUCAACAUGGCGGUUGGGUUCAGCAGCAUGAUCCUGUGGUGGAUCCGCGUCCUCAACGAGUUCGAGGUCAGCGGCAACAGCGUCGAGCGCAUCCAGCAGUACCUCGCGAUCGAGCACGAGCCUGAGCCGACUGUUGACGGUGUCCCUCCCGCGUACUGGCCGGCAUCUGGAAGUCUCCGUGUCGAGAAGUUGUCUGCGCGCUACUCUGCCGAUGGCCCUCGCGUCCUGCAUGAGAUCUCGUUCGAGGUCAAGUCCGGGGAGCGCGUCGGCAUCGUCGGCCGUACGGGCAGUGGGAAGAGCUCGUUGACGCUCGCGCUCCUCCGACUCAUCCUUACAGAAGGCAAGGUGUACUACGACGGGAUAGCCACGGACACGGUCAACCUGGAUGCGCUGCGGUCGAACGUCACGAUCAUCCCGCAAGUCCCGGAACUGCUCAGCGGAACGCUCCGACAGAACUUGGAUCCGUUCUCGCAGUACGAUGACUCAGUUCUUAACGACGCUCUGAGGGCGGCCGGGCUGUUCUCGCUCCAAAACGAGACAGAUGAAGGACGGAUCACGCUCGACUCCGCGGUCUCGAGUGGAGGAAGCAAUCUGUCGGUCGGCCAGAGGCAGAUCUUAGCGCUUGCGAGAGCGAUCAUCCGGCAGAGCAAGUUGCUGAUCCUCGAUGAGGCGACGUCCGCAAUCGAUUACGAGACGGACGAGGUCAUCCAGAAGUCUCUUCGUGAAGAGCUCGGCGCAGACGUCACUCUUCUCACAAUCGCUCACCGCCUGCAGACGAUCAUGGACGCGGACAAAAUCCUCGUAUUGGAUGCCGGUCAUAUCGUCGAAUUCGGCGCUCCCGCCGAGCUCCUGAAAAAUGAGCAGGGGAAGCUUCGCGCACUCGUUGAUGAGAGCGGUGACAAGGAGAAGCUGUACGAAAUGGCGUUCAGCUCAUCGAAGAGUACUUGA